AUGUCAAAAGAAAAAGUUAAUGCAAAGACCAUAGAAAUCAAACACCCGUUUGGUUUCAAAUCGCACAAACCUGGACGUCCGCUACAAUUGACCAUUGGAUCGUUCAAUGUUCAACACUCAACUGAUAUCGCCACGAUAAUUAACUUAGCACGCAAAUUUGACGUGCUCUUUAUCCAAGAGGUUCCACUAGUUGAAGAGAAGGUCCUCCAACUUGAGGCUCUCGCAAACGCUGCUCAUCGACAGUUUUACUCCGGCAAAACUGAAACCGGUAUACUCAAUCAUACAGGUAUCAUUCUCAAUCCAUCCUCGUUUUCGGUUCUUUCGACUUCUGAGCUUAACAUGGACCUGUUUCAUAGCGAUCGCUUUACAGAUAUUAGAGUCCGCACUCUUGCGGGGGAACAAUUGCUUCUUUUAAACCUUUAUCUCCCAACGGAAGAUAAACGUGCACAAGCAUCUAUCCUUUCUGAGAUCAAUUUCACUUAUUCAACCUUGCAAAGAAGCUCGCCAGACCUCAAGCUUUUGUACGGGGGCGACUUUAAUCAUUCAAUGGAAGCCGAUGUCCGAUCAGAACGACCUGCAAGAUACGCAAUUGCGGAUCUAAAUAAGCAGGCCCACACCGAGGACGUGGCUCGCUAUGAUAGUCAGAUUCCCGAGGGACUCGAAUACAUCAAGUUCAUGGGUUAUGUCCGCAAACACGAUCCCACAUUUGCUAACACCAUUAUCUCCGACUCCUUUUCUCCACUGAAAAUGGAACAGAAAGAGAUGAAUACCAAAUUGUGCUUUCAAACCAAGAGAAUCGAGACUCUGAUCUUUCAAAAACUAGUGAGCGAAGAUUCACGAGAGAGCGCAAGCUCGACUCUUGACAUGCUUACACUCGCUACAAAUUAUUACAGAGACCUCUAUUCCAAACCCGUUGACCCGCCAAGACACGAUCUAAUUCUGUUCCUCGAGCCACUCAAGAGCGCUCUUACUCGAGAAGAUAUUCGAACUUUGAAUCGGCCUUUCACCAAAAAGGAACUCCAUACGGCUCUUCUUGUCGAGUUCAAGGAUAUAUGA